AUGCACCUACGCUUCCCCGACUACACUGUCCAGGAGGAGAAGAUGCCGGAUGGGUCUGUACGUCGGAUUGUACGUCGUGUGAUCACCACAGAGGACUAUGGUGCGCUACCAGAGGGAGGUCAGGUGGAGGAGGAGCGGCAGCCGGACGGCACGCUGCAGAAGGUGUGGAAGCAGGUGCUGACGCCUGGCCACCCAGACUACGACAUUCCUGAAGAUGAGGGCACUGAGAUCCGUGAGGAGACGUUGCCAGACGGCAGUCUGGUGCGCAGGGUCAGUCGGAGGAGGGUGGUUCGGCCGGCGGUCGGUGCUGAUGUUGACGUUCCGGAGGGAGCCGAGGUCAGCGAGGAAACCCUGCCUGACGGAUCCGUGGUGAGACGCAUCAUCCGCAGGCGUGUCAUCACCUCCGACAUGCCCGAUAUCGAGGUACCAGAAGGUGCCGACGUGCAGGAGGAGACUUUGCCUGACGGCACGGUGGUGCGUAGAAUCACUCGACGCCGAGUGGUGGUGUCCGAACAGCCAGAUUUUGAGGUUCCGGAAGGCGCAGAAGUUUCUGAAGAAGUGCAGCCGGAUGGUUCUGUUAUCCGAAGAAUUAUCCGGCGGCGAAUCGUCACCACAUCUACCGAGGAGCCCGAAAUAGACGUGCCUGAAGGCGCGGAAGUUUCUGAGGAAGUCCAACCGGAUGGCUCCAUUAUCCGGAGAAUCAUCAGAAGGCGAAUCGUAACCACCACCGCUGAAGAGCCCGAGUUUGAGUUUGAGGUGCCCGAGGGCGCCGAGGUGUCCGAGGAAGUCCAGCCCGAUGGCUCUGUGAUACGUAGGGUUAUUCGUCGCCGCAUGGUGACGUUGGAUCCAGACCAGGAGCUGCCGGAAGGCGCAGAGGUGUCAGAGGAAACUCUGCCCGACGGAACGAUUCGCCGCAUUAUUCGCCGCACGGUGGUGACGUCAUCAAUCCCGGAGGCGGAUGUGCCGGAGGGCGCCGAGUUCUCGGAGGAGACCCUGCCCGACGGCACAGUGCGGCGCAUUACGCGACGCCUUAUCGAGGUACCGGCCGAUGCCGAGGUAGAAGACCAGGAGACGCCCGAGGGACGCGUGCGGCGCGUCAUCCACAGGCGCAUCAUCACCACUUCCGAAGCGCCGGAGAUCAUCGAGGGUCCGGAGGGCGCCGAAGUUGAGGAGGAGACACUUCCGGACGGCUCGGUACGACGCAUCGUCCGCCGACGCGUGGUUACCACUGAGGCGGCGCCAGAGGACGUUCCCGAGAGCACGGAGGUGGUCACCGAGACUUUGCCGGACGGCACCGUCCAGAAGACGGUGCGACGCCGCAUCGUACGGACAGUAGAGAUGGCGCCCGAGACGUUGGAGCGGUACAUCACGACGCAUGAGGGCGAGCCCAGCGGCCAGUCCGAGCACACCUCGCCCGGGGGCACACGCCGGCUGAUCCGCCGCGUGGUCCAGAUGCCCACGAUUGAUCUGGGCACGCAAGUGGUGGAAGGCGAGCCGGUGCCUCAUGCGUCCGCCGAAGCCGACCUGCCCGAGGGUGCCGAGGUGCACGAGGAGACCUUGCCGGACGGUACUAUCCGUAGGAUCAUCCGGCGCCGGAUCAUCCGUAACGUGUCAGACAUCGACCUGGACAACUUGCCCGAGGGCUGCACGGUCGAGGAGCAAACGCUACCCGACGGCUCCACCGUCAAGGUGGUGCGGCGGCGGACCGUGCGCACUGUGAUGACCUCGGACGUCAGCAGUGUGCCCCAGGGCCUUGAGGUGGAGGAGCAGACACUGCCCGACGGUCGGUUGAAGCGUACAAUCCGGCAGCCGUACGACGGCGUGGGCCCUGUGCCGGCCGGCGCCGAGACGCGCCGCUACCUCCAGUGGCAGGUGUUCGGCGACGACGUGCCUGAGUCGCUGCGCGGCCUCCUCGACUUGCCCGCUGUCGGCGGCGACGCCUGGCGGCUGGAACCCGGCGACGAGCUACGCUCCCCGUCCGACAUUCCCGAGCACGUGGAGACGGAGGUGCUGCCGGACGGCACGGUCCGCCGCGUAGUGCGCCGCUCCACUGUGCUCACCACCCAGUUCCUGACUCCCGAGAUAGGCCAGCUGGCGGCGGCCGAGCCCGAGCUGGAGGAAGUGGUGCAGCCGGACGGCAGUGAGACGGUCGAGAGCUAUUCGGACCGGCGAAGCUUCUGGGAGGACGUCAGUCGGCGCUCGCAGGACGAGCCGAAGCCGCUCCGCCGCUCGUUUGAGGAGCCGAGGGAGGCGCGCCACCGCCGCAGCUCCGACAGCAAAGAGGACGAUGACGCCGAGCCGCGCUCCAGUUCGUCGUCGGGGGGCGGCGACGACAGCGGCGGCGGCGGCGGAGGCCUCGUCAACGUCGCCUUCCUCGGUGAGCGAGAGGUCGACCGGAUUGAGGAGAACCUGGCGCGCGCACCCAGCCCGUACGAGGUGCGCCGGGACGAGGACGAGGACGCGUCGGCUGCCGACGUGGCCACCAAGCGCCACAUGUUCGAGCGGGAAAUCGAGCGCGAGACGGAGGCGGCGCGGCGGCCGCUCUUACCGCGUCGCAGUGUGGAGAGGCCGGCAGCGGGCGAGGGGUCCGUGGAGCGGGGAGAGGAAGCCAGGGGUGAGGAUGAGGAAGCCCAGGGUGCGGCCAGCGACAUGGAGGAGGCUGCGCACGCCAUCGUGGAGAAGCGCAUGCGGACGGAUAUCGUGAUCGAAGAGAUGGGCCAGAGCUUGGAGACGCAGAGUCCAGAGAGGAAGCGUCUGUUGACGCCCGAGGAGGAGAUGGCUCGACGUGAGGAAGCCGGCGGGGAAAUUGCCGCCUCGCCCGAGGCAGAGCCGGUGGAAGAGGAUGACGUCGAGCUGUACGAAGGCAAGGAGUUCUGCACGGAGGAGUAUUCCGAGGCGGAAUGUGCCGCAGAAGAGGAGGCUGAGCGCCAGCUGUUGGCUGGGCACAUUGCGGAGGUGAUGAGCGGCGAUGCUCAGCGCCUGAGGGAGGCGGAGGAAGAAACCCGUUCCGAGACGCAGGCGAACAUCCUGGACGAGUUUGAAACCAGAUCGUUUGUAUCCGACACGCAGAAUGAUAUACUGGACGUGGUGGAGGAGGCGGCGGGCGAUGUGGUGCCUUCCGACAACGAGUCCGAGCCCCGUGCCCCCGGUCUGGGUCCAAGAGACGCUCCCGACCACUCGCGCGAGCACAGCGUCUCAGAGACAGAGCACAAGUACAUAUGCGAGCAUCUAGAUCGCAUCGACGACGUGGACGAAGCGGCUGAGGUAGAAGCGGCCACCAGCCCUUUGGCCGAUGCCGAUCUGCGGGGCGCGCACUUGGAGGCGCUAAGCAGCCCGCCGCUAGAGCCGUGCACGGACGAGCCCUCGUCCAGCGCUGACGAUUCGUCGCGCCAGCUGGCCGAGGAGCCGGCGGCCGGCGAGCUGCCUGCCCGACCCGCGCUCGAGCUGCUGCAGCCGGCGGCGCCCGAGCUCGAUUACGUGUCACCAUCGGAGCCGACACAAUCGCUGCCGCAAGCGUACCGGCUGCAGAACGACGCUCCGCCGCCGCUGACGACAGACACAGCUGACGAGCACGCGGUGCCGCUCACGCCCGAGGCGGUACCGCAAGAGCAGCGGCCGGCGGCGCCCACGCCGUUCGCUGCGUACAGCUACAAACCGCCGACGGAGCCGGAGCACCUCGAACACGAGUUGGAGCACUACGAGCCGACACCGACCGGUGUGGACGAGGACGGCGAGCGCCGGCGCGCGCCGGACGAGAGCGACGGCCGCUCUCUGGACAUGACCGUGCGCGUGCGGCCGCUGGAUGCGCUAUCGCCGGAGCGGCCGGCGCUCCUGCUGGAGCCGUCGGCGCCCAUGACCGGCGCGCUCGCCUCGCCGAUUCACGUGUCGACCGAGGCGCUGGCGCAGCCGGUGUGGGAAACGGCGCUGGACCACGCUGAACUGCAGGACACUGAGGUGGCGCACGACAUCCCGAUCGGGCGGCAGACAGUGCUCGAGCGUGAGGAGGAGACCACCUCCAGUAGCGUCGGAGACUCGAGCGUGCGCGAGCGACCGCCCGACGAGGCGGAGUGGCACGCCAACGGCGUGGCGCCGCCGCCCGCCGCCAUGAGGCCGUCCAUGUCGUUCGAGGACGCCCAGCGGCUGGCUGUGGAGAUCGUGACGGACAUCAAGACGCGCAUCACCGAGCACCCCGAGCUGUUGACGGGCGAGCAGAUGGCGGCCGGCGAGCCGGACGGCCGACUGCAGGACUCUGUGUCAUCGGACCGCGCCACCACGGAGUCGUCCGAGCUAUCGCGCCUCUCGGAUAGCGUGCGCGAUGAGCCGGAGCCGGAGCCGGAGCCGGAGCCGGAGCCGGAGCCCGAGGUGAGUCCAGCGGGCGAGGGCGCCGCCGCGCCUCCGCCCGCUGAAGAGCCGGAGGAGCGCACGACGUCCCCACUGCCGCGGCCGGCCGCCGGGUCGGUUUUCACCUCUGAGACACCGUCCAAAGUGGACGCGUAUCUGCGCCAGUUGCCGGAGGAAGCCGGCGACGGCGACCAGCAUCGCACAUUGGUGCAGCAGGUGGCCGAGCGUAAGGCGGCACACCUGUCGCGGCCACGCCACAUCAACCUCGAGAGUCUGGAGAUCACCGACGAGGACUUGCGCGAGAGCGGCAACGACCUCUCGCCACUGGAGAGUCACAUGGAGCGGCUGCGUCAGAUGUCGGUGGUGGCGCUGGACGAGCGCGAGAUACAGCUACUGCGCGAGGGCGAUGCGGCCGAGCAGAGCUCGCCGUCCGAGCAGGCGUGCAAGGAGCCCAUCUCGCGCUCCAGUGACGAGAUCGAGGAGCGGUCCUCGCGCUCGGACGAGCCCUCUCGCUCGGAGCGCCUUCAGAGCGGCCAGAUGCUCGAAGAACAGCCAGCAGCUCCGGAGCCGGGCUGGGACGUGUGUCGCGUGACGGAGCGGGUCUCCGCAGCGGGUGCCGUCACGGAGCAACGCGAGCGCAUAGUGAGCAGCGACGACUUCCAGCAGGGCGUGUCAGGCGAGAGGACCAUCUUCACCACCACCGUGGUACGGCAGGGUAAGACAGAGGCCGUGGACAGUGACGUGCCGGGCAUGCAACAGCAGCAGUACGUGGAGCAGGUGGAGAUCGAGACGCAGACCGACAGGAGGCGUUCUCAUGAAGCGACAGACUCUGAUGCUGAAACCAAGCCUGUUGGCGAGGGCACAGAGGAAGGGCUGGCUGCUGUCGGUCGUGGACUGCAGUCUGAGGAUUCCCUUGAGGCCGCCCACAGGACAUCGGCGGAAGUGUCGGAAAGUAUCAAAUCGUCGUCGCGCUCGAUGGUGUCUGAGUUCACUUCGGUUAAGUCUGUCGAAGAGAAGUCUGAGGCACAUUCCCGCUCGUCGGAGGAGGCGUCAGACAUUCUGAUCAGGUCAUCCGGCGAGACGUUCGAGGCCGUCGAGAAAGGAGCGGUUGAGUCGGCCGAGAAGGUGCGCACCUCGCUGACGCGGUCGUCGGAGGAGAGCUUCACCAAAUCGACGGAUGAGCGGUCCGAGCUGCAGAGUCGCUCGUCGGGCGAGGUGUCCGAGGCCAUCACGCGCUCGACCGAGGAGACCUUCGAGGCGGCCGUCAAGGCGACGGACGAGGCCACCGAGAAACUCAUCCGGACGGCCGGCCUGCUGUCGCGAGAGUCGCGGCUCGCCGAGCACAAGUCAGAGACGUGCACACGCUCCUCCGAUGAAACGUCUGAGGCCAUCUCCAGGUCGACCGAGGAGACCUGCGACGGCUCGCUGAAGACUCGGGCGUAG